ACCGUUGAUUUGUAAGAAAAGCACCAAAAUUACAUAAUUCAAGUACAGCUACUGGUUGCAAGAAUGAAUAACUUUAAUCAGUGGAAGGAUGAAAAUCCCGAGCGAGAACAUGAAGACGAACAACAGCGUCAACAACAACAUCAGCAGCAGCAGCAGCAACAACAGCAGCAGCAGCAGCAUCAACAGCAUCAACACCCCCACGAGGAACAAACCGAUGCCAAAGCAGUGGCAGCAGUAGCUGCUGCUGCUGCAGCCGAUGCCAGCAGGUUGAAGGAAAGAAGCGGGUCUACUGGAGGACCUAUACGUCAUCAUUCUAGCGAAGAAAAUGAAUUAAGUCAUAAUGGGAGACCAAUAUCGGGGACCAAAAGAGCUGCGCAAAAUAGAAAUGCUCAAAAAGCGUUCAGACAAAGAAAAGACAAAUACGUCAAGGAUUUAGAAGCUACUGCAAGAGAAGUUGUUCAUUUAAAGGAAACCAUUGAAGAAUUAAGAGCAGAAAAUUUACAACUAAGAGAUUAUACUUUAGAAUUACAAGGUAAAGUGAUUGCAUUAAGUCUGAAUCGUGAAAGAGAAGGAGAAAGAGUGCCCACUCCUCCUCUUUCAUUCAAUAAGUAGUUUCCCCUUAAUAAGUAGUUCAAUAUAACGACCCUUACACCAGCAUCCACUUAGUCACGGACCUAAAGGAUCUGACUCUGAGUAUUGUUUGAAUUUGCUUUUUUAGUGCCGUUUAUCGAUGAGAAAACAAUAGGAUUUGCUACUGCGAAACUGUUAUGGCACUACAUGAAUAUAGCAGUUAUAAUAGCAACCCCAUGUAGAGUGCCAGCAUGGGAUAAGGAUAGUUUAUCGGAAUGGAACUCUUGUCUA